GUGAUACCUGACAUAGCGGGCCCACAUGCCAGCGACAAACACACAUGGUUGAACACCUUCCACCUCCGCACCUGCCCAUGACGGCCACCGAGCCUCUCAAGUCCGUUCCAACCGCCGCCGUUGCCGCCGCCGCCGCCUUUGCGGACGACGCUAAUUCCACCGAGCCAUGGAGCGCGCGGGUUCGAAGCCUGACGCGCCUCGGCAGGCACCGGGACGCGCUGGCCCUCCUCCGCGACGGCGACCCCUCGCCGCCGCCGCACGCCCUGGCGCUACCAGCCACUGUCAUCUCCUGCGCGGCGCUAUCUCUCCCCUCCGGCGUAUCCCAGAUACACGCGCUUGGUUCCAAGCGCGGCCUGCUCCCAUCCUCCGACGCUUACCUCGUCUCCGCGCUGCUCUCCUCCUACUCCCGCCUCGGCCUCCUCCCUUGCGCCCACCAACUCCUCGACGAAAUGCCCCUGGCGUCCACGCCUCCCGCCACGCUCUGCACUGCCUUCAACUCCCUAAUCUCCGGAUGCGCGCUGCAUGCACUCCCGGCUGCCUGCUUCGCCCUCUUCCGCCGCAUGCGGGUGGCCGGCGUCCGCUUCGAUGCCGUCACGCUCCUGACGCUGGUCCCAGCCGCUCCUCCGAGCGUCGUGCCGCAGCUCCACGCCCUCGCGGCUCGAGCAGGACUCGCUGCUGAGACAUCCGUGGCGAACUGCCUCAUAUCUGUGUACGCUCGCCGCGGCGCUGCCCUUGCUCGGCAGGUUUUUGACGAGAUGCCGGCGGCCUCCCGUGACCUCGUCUCUUGGAACGCGGUGCUCUCGGCGCACUCACAGAAUGGUCUCGCGGUGGAUGCCCUUGACCUCUACAGCCGCAUGCGUGGCUGCGAUGGGCAUGGUGUGGAACCAGAUGCCGUGACGCUCGUAAGCGUGCUCUCCUCCUGCGCUCACCUCGGGGCACGCAGUGUAGGCCUGGGCGUGGAACGCUACAUGCGGGGGAAACUCCCAGGCUUCCGCACCAACGUGCAGCUUUGCAACGCGCUCAUCAACUUCUAUGCACGCUGCGGCUGCUUGCCCCAGGCACAACAGCUGUUCAACGAAAUGCCCAGGAAGAGCAUUGUGUCAUGGACGGCGCUGAUCACUGGGUAUGGAAUGCAUGGGCAUGGUGAGGUCGCUAUCAAUCUGUUCCAGACGAUGGUGUCAGAAGGCAUCCGCCCAGAUAAUGUUGCAAUGGUUGGCCUCUUAUCGGCGUGCAGCCACGCAGGGAUGUAUGACGAGGGGCGCAAGUACUUCUCUGCAAUGGAGAGCGCCUACCAGCUGCGACCUACACUGGAGCACUACACCUGCAUGGUGGACCUCCUUGGACGGGCUGGCCGUCUCAAGGAGGCACGAGAACUCAUCUCGUCGAUGCCCAUGCCAGCUGACGGUGCCGUGUGGGGUGCCCUUCUUGGGGCGUGCAAGAUACAUAAGAAUGUGGAGAUAGGGGAGGAGGCUUUUGAGCAUGUCAUUGAGGUCGAACCGACCAAUGUGGGCUACUAUGUUCUCAUGGCGAACAUAUACACUGACACAGGACAACUGGAUUGUGUGGUGAGGGUACGGGCGAUGAUGAGGGAGCGUGGGCUCAAGAAGGAACCUGGGUGCAGCUAUGUCGAACACAAGGGGAGAGUUCACCUAUUCAUGGCUGAUGACCACUCUCAUCCACAGGCAAAGCGGAUUUACGAGCUUGUACUAAAGCUUGAGCAGAUGGUGAAGGAGAAAACUGAUGGCACUGUGGGAAUUCAGGGAGGCAGAAUGAUCGAGGGGCACUCAGAGAAGACCGCUGUUCCGUUGAUUGGUUUUCACAGCGAGAAGCUCGCGGUGGCCUUUGGUAUGCUGAACACCGUUGGCAGUGAGAUUGCGGUUAUCAAGAACCUAAGGGUAUGCGGGAACUGCCACUCAUUCCUAAAGACGGUUUCUGCAAUUGCCAACCGGGUGUUUCUCGUCAGGGAUGCGAGCCGCUUUCAUCGCUUUGAGGAUGGAGCUUGCUCCUGCAAAGAUUACUGGUGAAGAAUUUGGUGCUCACUGUGAAGGGUAGGCAUUAGUUUGUCACUUGGUUGCUAACUUGAGCCCCCAAGGAAGAUUUGGCUCGAGAUCUUCAGUACUUACUGGAACACUCUUGGUGACUGAUACUAUACUACGGAGUACUAUCCUCCAGUGCUUAACUGCAUCUGCAGCGCUGGACUGAUAGAAGAGAUUAUGGAUGCUCUCAUUGGAGACCAAUCAUCAACUGUGCGAAGAUCGGGAUCCCGUGAGUUCUGCAGAACCUGAGGUUCAGGCCCGGACUUCGGCGGUUCUCCUGAACUCCUGAUGCUGGAUUGUCAGUAGACCAAACUGAAAUCUUACUCGAGGCUGGCAUUCUACUCCGGGUCAAUAUAAUAAUUAAAGUAGCAGAAAUUCUACGGUCCAGAUUUUGCAAAAGUUAUCGUAGGGUUCAAAUUUAUUGUAGCAUAAUAUAGAAGGGAUAAGAAAGCAACCAGAUCUGAGGACGGUAAAAAUAAAUCAAUGAUCGGGAAACCAAUCCGCAAUACUGAGUAAGUCCAAA